CCUAAACUAAACUUAACCUCCAGUUUGCACGUGCUGGUGAAUUGGGUAAGUGUUUUCGUAAUAUCCCAAAAUAGCAGAUGCCACUGUGAAAAAGGGAGACAAGAAACAUAAUGAGUACUCGCAGAAUGCUGCUAUCUAUUUUGUUGGCCACCAUAUUGGUCUCUCUGGUGGCCGGUCACUAUGAUACGUGUUUAGCCGAAAAUAAAAAUCCGUAUGUGAUGUUCUCCACGUACACUCCGUAUGAACUUGUGCAUGAGAAUUCGGAUGAUCCAGUCAGCAUUCCUAAAUGCAAGCCGAUACAAUUCUGGAUUUUAUCUCGCCAUGGAACAAGAUACACAGAUGUAGAUGGCAUUAAUGACAUGUGGUCACUUAUUGAUUUCCGAGAUCAAAUAAUCAAUAAUUAUAAAAAUGGAUGGGGGGCAUUAUGUGCUGAGGAUGUGGACAAUCUCAAGAAGUGGACGCCACAAGCCGUCUCAACCGUGUCAAUGAAUUUGACUCCUCAGGGCUAUAAAGAUGCCUAUAAUUUAGCACUACGCUACAAGUCUAAGUUCCCAUCGUUAUUGAAUCAGUCGUACGAUCCUGACAAGUUUGAGGUCAAAUUUACCGAAUCGCAGCGAACUACACUUACUGCAUUUGCAUUUAUUGAUGGGAUAUUUGGCAGCACUGUUGAUGUACAGUUACCUCAGCCUAUAUCUCCUGAUCCACUUCUUAAGCCGUCGGACUACUGCACUGCGUGGAUCAAUGAAGUGCAUGACAAUCCGGACAUAAAAAAGGAGUACAAUGCAUUCAAGAAGGGCCCUGAGAUAGAAGAAGUCACACGAAUUGUCUCUAAGAGGUUAGGAUUCGGAAGCUCAAUUGGUUUUGAUAAUCUGGACCUGAUUUACACUAUUUGUCGAUUUGAAAAGGCAUGGAAUGUUUAUAAUAUCUCGCCAUGGUGCGCUGCCUUCUCCGAGGAUGACUUGAAGGUUUUGGAGUACAAAGAAGACUUGGACUCUUACUACAAACGCGGUUUUGGCACCGAAAUGAACAAGCUAGUUGGUUGCCCUCUAGCAAAAGAUUUCAUUGAUCGUUUCAGAAAACUGGAGAAUUGGGAAAAACAGCCUGCCGGAGUCUUUUACUUCAGUCACGACACAGAUAUGCAGUUGUUUUUCACCUCUCUUGGCAUCGGAGAGGAUGAAAGACCCCUCACUCACUCAAACUAUGCAUCAAUGGGAAAUAGAAAUUGGAGAACAUCCCUGUUGACGCCCUUUGCGAGCAACUUUGUGGCCAUUUUCUUUAAAUGCGACGAAGGCGAACCCUUCCGAGUUCAGUUCCACCUGCAGGAAAAGUUGCUAAAACUUAAAGGCUGUAAAGAUGAUAAAUGGGGUCUUUGCGAUUGGUCUGUUUUCAAGCAGAAUUAUGGCUCCAUUUCUAAGACUUGCAACCUUGAUUUCUGUUGAAUAGACACUGUUACUUUAAAUUGGUGAGUUUCAGUAUGCUUUAUUUUAUUUUAUUUUCCCCACUUGAGGCCUUCAAACAUGUCUGGUUAAUUGUAAUAAAGUUGUUUUGCAAAUCAUU